AAUCGCCUUGUAAGUGUUCUCCCUGUGUAACUAAGACAGGUGCAUCUACAAUUUUCUUGCAACUUUUGCGACCUUGCAGUCCAUGACAGAAAAUCUCCGCUCCGCUCCAAAAGGAUGACAUCAAGAUUACAACAACGUGGCAGUGCUCCCCGAUAUUAUUUUCCGAAAUGUCGGCGGCGAGGUCAACAAACGAGACGGGUCCAGAGUUAGAAACCCGUCCUUCCAGCGCCACAGAUGUUUCGUCAACGAGGAUGACUGUGAACAGCACAAGCCUGUCAGGAUCCGACACGUGAGACGGCCUCGUUGAAUAAAGUGGAGAUCCUAUGAGCUUUAUAAGCAGGGGAGAGAGGCUGAAUCUCUCCAGCUACUGCUCGAGCUAGCUCUUGCUCGAAACCAUGGCCGGAGGAUUUGCAGCAGGUCCUGGAGGAAGCCAGCAUGAAGGGAAGUUCACCGCCUACGUUGCUGUUGCCUGCCUUUUGGCAGCUACGGGAGGACUUAUGUUUGGAUACGAUGUCGGGAUCUCAGGUGGUGUCACCUCCAUGAACGAUUUCCUGGGAAAGUUUUUCCCCAGCAUUCUACGGAAGAAGCUGGAGCUUGCUGGAAAAGAAGGAAACUACUGCAAGUAUGAUGACCAGGGCCUGCAAGCGUUUACGUCGUCACUCUACCUUGCGGGUCUGGUGGCCACCUUCGCAGCCUCGUACACGACGCAGAGAUUCGGUCGGAAGCCAACCAUGCUGAUAGCGGGACUGUUCUUCAUCGCCGGGGUGGUGUUCAACGCUGCUGCGGAGAACCUGGCCAUGCUCAUCAUCGGCCGGAUCCUUCUCGGCUGCGGCGUCGGCUUCGCCAACCAGGCCGUUCCACUCUACCUCUCCGAGAUUGCUCCUACUCGUUACCGGGGCGGCCUCAACAUCCUCUUCCAGCUCAACGUGACCAUCGGCAUCCUCAUCGCCAACCUCAUCAACUAUGGCACUGACAAGCUCCACCCCUGGGGCUGGCGGCUUUCACUCGGCCUGGCUGGGAUCCCCGCGGUGCUGCUCACAGUCGGAAGCCUGUGCCUGUGCGAGACACCGAACAGCCUGAUCGAGCGAGGACACCUCGAACGAGGCAAGACCGUGCUCCGGAGAGUGAGAGGCACAGACAACAUCCACGAGGAGUUUGACGAGCUCGUGGAAGUGAGCCGGCUCGCAAAGUCGGUGGAGCAUCCAUACAGGAACCUCUUCUUCUCCCGAGCUUACAGGCCACAGCUCGUCAUCUCCCUGGCACUCCAAAUAUUCCAGCAGCUCACAGGGAUCAACGCCAUCAUGUUCUACGCGCCGGUGCUGUUCCAGACGCUGGGAUUCGAGAGCGACGCUUCCCUCUACUCGGCCGCCAUCACCGGGGCCGUCAACGUUGUCUCCACGGUGGUGUCCAUACUCACGGUUGAUCGCUUCGGCCGGAGAGUCCUCCUGCUGGAAGCCGGCGUCCAGAUGUUCCUCGCACAGGUGGUGAUAGCGAUCAUCCUGGGAACCGGGCUCAAGGAGGACGGUUCGCAGCUCUCUCACGCCGCCGCGAUCGUGGUGGUGUGCAUGAUAUGCACCUUCGUCUCGGCGUUUGCGUGGUCGUGGGGGCCGCUCGGCUGGCUCAUCCCCAGCGAGAUCUUCCCGCUGGAGAUCCGGUCGUCGGGGCAGAGCGUGGUGGUGUGCACAAACUUGCUCUUCACUUUCGUCAUCGCCCAGGCCUUCCUCUCGAUGCUGUGUCAUUUCAAGUACGGGAUCUUCCUCUUCUUCGCCGCCUGGGUGCUGGUGAUGACCACCUUCACGCUCUUCCUCAUCCCAGAGACCAAAGGCAUCCCCAUCGAGGAGAUGGUGUUCGUGUGGAGGCGGCACUGGCUGUGGAGGAGGUUCGUCCCGCCGCUGCCGCAGGAGCUCGAGGCCAUCGAGAUGCGCAAGAGCCACGACGCCAAAGCAUGAAGGUCCUUCAUUCUUACGAAGUUUGUAGGCUCGAGGUGGAGCCACACGUAAGAAAGAAGAUCCAGCUUGAGAGCUUCCGAUGGUAUAUAGCACGACCAUGGUUUUCCCAAAUGCAUGGUUCGUUUUCUCAAAUGUACUCGUUCGCAGAAAGAAAACAAGAUUUCGAUUUUACCA